AUGACAUCAAAGCCAAAAACGUUUACAAUAUCGGACAUUCUGCAAAAAGAUUCGAAGAAGGAACAGAAUGAUAUUGGUGACAACCAAUCAGGUGUCCCAGUGACAUGCCCUGUGCCGGCGCUUCCUACUCCUCCUACGUCACCUGAAGUGACAUUGACAGAACAUAUUUCAAGGACCAAAUCCAUCGACACACCGAAACGAAAGCCCGACGACGCUACGAGCAAACGUCGGGACCCGAUAGGCCGGCUAUUGGAUAGCUUGGGCAAAACCGACAUUCUGACGUCACAAACUAUGGCACCGAGUGCAUUUUCCCCGAUCAUGUCCUGUCCUGGGACAGCGCAGUUGUCCCCUCUGGCUAUGUUGGCAAAAUGUGACCGCAGGUGCUACCAGACGUCACCAAAUAUGACGUCAUGCUAUCCAUAUAUGACGUCACCUGUAGCGACAUCGCACGCCAGUCCCAACGGAUUGACUCAAGAACAAAUACAUUUUUUACAGGCACAGAGACUCGCUCACCAGCAGCAACAAUUACAACAACAGCAGCACAUACAACAACAGCAACGGUUCGCUUUAGCUCAAGGGUUAAAUCCUUAUUUGAUGCAAGGAUGCGUACCACAAACCCCACGCCAACUUCAGUCAUUACGUGAGCAACAAGAAAAGUCAAUAACCAUGGACCAAUACAAUGCAAGCUUACUAGCUCAGCAACAAUUAAUGGCCAGCAGACAUGCCCAGAAUAUGGCGUCACCAUUUUUGAUGUCAUGGAUAAAAUCAGCGGAUUCGCUGACAUCAUAUCCACCCAAAGAGUCUCGAAUUCCACCACCGCCCAGAUAUCAAUGCGAGGACUGUAAAAAGAGCUACUCCACAUUUGGUGGGUUGUCCAAACACAAGCAGUUCCAUUGUGUAAGUCAUGUAAAGAAAGAGUUCAAUUGUAAAUACUGUGACAAGUCAUACGGAUCAUUGGGUGCCUUAAAAAUGCACAUACGGACCCACACCCUACCGUGUAAAUGUAAACUAUGCGGUAAGGCUUUUUCGCGACCAUGGUUACUGCAGGGUCACGUGAGAACACACACCGGGGAGAAGCCAUUUAAAUGUGCGCACUGUGGCCGGGCGUUCGCGGACCGAUCCAACCUGCGCGCGCAUCUUCAGACUCAUUCUGACAUUAAGAAAUAUGGGUGCAAGAACUGUUCCAAAACCUUUUCCAGAAUGUCGCUGCUGUUGAAACACGAGGAGGGAAGUUGUAUGGGACUCAGACGGUAG